UUACCAUUUAGAGUACAUCUGUAACAAACAAAAAACCAAAUAAUAAAGAAUAGGAAUAAAAAAAUGCCGGAAGCACCGGUGAUCAUCAUCGGAGCUGGAACUUCCGGCAUAGCCACCGCAGCUUGUUUAACCAAAAAAUCCAUACCAUACAUAAUUCUCGAAAGAGAAAACUGUUUUGCAUCUCUAUGGCAAAAAUACACAUACGAUCGUGUUCAUCUUCACCUAAGAAAACAACUUUGUGAAUUACCACACUUUCCAUUUCCACCUUCUUAUCCUCACUAUGUGCCCAAAAAACAGUUCAUAGAUUAUUUAGACAAUUAUGUCAAAAACUUCAACAUUAGUCCUUUGUAUAACAGAGCUGUUGAGUUAGCAGAGUAUCUUGAUGAUGAUGAUGAUGAUGAGAAAUGGAAAGUUAAAGCUAAGAAUAAAGAUUCUGGUGAAGUUGAGGAUUAUUAUGGAAAGUUCUUGGUUGUUGCUAGUGGCGAAACCGCUGAACCUCGUGUACCCGAGGUUCAAGGGUUAGAAGGGUUUAAAGGGAGAGUGAUUCAUUCAACUGGUUAUAAAAAUGGGAUAGAUUUUAAAGAUCAACAUGUUCUUGUUGUUGGUUCUGGUAAUUCUGGUAUGGAAAUUGCUUUAGAUUUGGCUAAUUUUGGUGCUAAACCUUCAAUUAUUGUCAGAAGUCCGGUUCAUUUUCUUUCUAAGGAUAUGAUGUACUAUGCUGGGGUUUUAUUGAACUAUCUGUCACUAAGUACAGUGGAGAAACUGGUGGUGAUAGUUAGCAGGAUUGUGUACGGGGAUCUGAGCAAAUAUGGUAUACCCUUUCCUAGUGAGGGACCUUUCACCAUGAAGAUGAAGUAUGGAAAGUUUCCAGUAAUUGAUCUGGGAACUGUUAAGAAAAUCAAAUCUGGAGAGAUACAGGUGUUGCCGGCUGAAAUAGAGAGCAUAAAAGGUAACCAAAUGUUGUUCCGUGAUGGAAAAUCCUAUCCAUUUGACUCCAUUAUUUUCUGCACAGGCUUCAAGAGAUCAACUCAAAAAUGGCUUAAGGGAGGUGAUGAUCUUUUGAAUGAGGAUGGUUUUGCAAAGGGUGGUUUAUGGAAGGGUAAGAAUGGUUUGUACUGCGUUGGAUUGUCAAGGAGGGGAUUUUAUGGAGCUAAUCUCGAGGCUCAAAAUGUAGCAAAUGAUAUUGCCUCCUUGGUUGGUUCCUCAACAUGAAUUGUGACUGUCAAAUGUGAUGUGUUUAGAUCGUAAUUAGUUUGAAACAGUGAAUGUGUGUGAUUUAGGAUGGACCAUAUAUACAUGUGAAUGUGAGGGUUCAAGAACCAUCUGACCAAAAUUCAUAAUUUCUUUCCAUAUUAUUAUUA